CCAAUGACCUGUUACCAUUUCAGGUGUUGGCAGGAGCUGUUAUAGUGUGACCUACAGAGACAAAAGCGUCUGUGCUUUGGAAGGGUCUUCAGUGGAGUUUGCUGGAAGUUACUCACAUCCCAGUGAUCUGAGUGUUAGAGAAGUAUUCUGGCAUUAUUUUCAGAGUGGUAAAGACUCCAAGAACCUGAAGCAGGAAACACAGUUUACUAAUCGAGUUGAAUAUGUGAAACAAGACAAAAGCAGCACUUUGAGAAUGAAAAACCUGACAAAGAAAGACUCUGGAAGAUAUCAACUUAGAUUCCUUACUAAUGAUGGUGAAGGAUUCUCUGGUAAACCUGGAGUGAUUCUGAGUGUUACAGAUCUGCAGGUAAGAGCGAGUCGCUCUGCAGUGGCAUCAGAAGGACAGACUACAGUAACGCUGAGCUGCAUCACCUCCUGCACUCUGUCUAACAACCCCACUUACAUGUGGUACAGGAACGGACAGCCUGUUACUGACAAACUCACCAAACACAACAAGCUCUACCUGAUCUCCAGUGAAGAUGCAGGAAACUACUCCUGUGCUGUGACAGGACGUGAGGAUCUCCGCUGUCCUGAACUAACUGUGACAUGUGAGCCACAAAACUCAGUCAUUAUAUUAAUGUAUAGGGUUGUGAUAGCUCAGGUUCAAUCCUCAGCACUGACAGAGAGCAGCUUUUAGUCCUCAACUGCUCAGCUUUAUGCUUGGAUUGGAUUUUUCUUCACUUGUAAGUCACUGUGGAUUAAAGUAUCAGCCAAAUAAGUAAAUGUGAAAAUCCAGAGGUGUUUGUGAGACACAAUGCACAGUGUAAUCUUUUACACCACGCUGCUGUUGAAUUCUCCAUUCAGAUUGUUCAGGUGUUGAUUAAUAUUCUGUAACAGCAGUUCCAGCUGCAAAACAAAUCCCAGGAUUAUAUUAAUGAACUCGUUCUGAUUUCAUGAUCAUUUCUAUAGUAACAGCUCAGUCACAGGGGCUCCACGGAAACAGAUUAUUCAGAGUGUGUAAUUGUUGAUAUGGUGAAGUUUUCGUCUUCUGGACAGAGACAUUUGCGCUUUGUAGAU